AUGGAGGGUGCAGCUGCAGGCCUCCCGCUCCAGGCCGCAGCGGGUCGCAUCCCUCAUCGCUGCUGGGGCGCCCGGCGGCAGCAGCAGCACCCACCCCGGCCCAGGGAGCGCCCAGAGAGCAGCCCUGCUUUAUGGAGGCCCUGGAUGCUCACAGCAAGAGACGGUGAAAUGACAGAGAAUCAACAAAUGUCAGAACUGGAUGGUCAACUAAUAAAUUUUAGAUCAAAAGGAGCCCUGGGGUUUCAACAUCCAGUGAGGCUUUAUUUGCCCAAGUCCAAAUCCCGAAAGUUUCUUAAUAACAUCGGAGAGAAGGUUCUGGCGAGUUUUCCAGUGCAAGCUACAAUUCACUUCUACAAUGAUGACGCCGACUCUGAGGAAGAUGGAGAAGAAAUCAGUUCAGCCUAA